CCUACUACCCCCUACCGCCACAUCGAAGCUCCCUAGCCCCGCCCACGCUGAUGGCCCACCAGUGCCCCCACCGCUGCCUCGCCGCCCUCCUCAUCCUCCUCGCCGCGGCCGCCGGCGCCGGCGCGGCCACGCCGAGGCAGCUGUUCCUCGUUACCCCGGCGCCCGUGACGCUGACCAACCACCACGGCCAGCUGCUCACGGGCAACUACUCCGUGAACCUGCUCUGGUACGGCCGCUUCACCCCGGCGCAACGCGCCGUCGUGGCCGACUUCCUCCUCUCCCUUUCGGCGCCCUCCGUGGCCCCGGCCUCCGCGGCCGCGCCCACCGUGGCGGCCUGGUGGGCCACCACGGCGCGGUACCACCCGGGCGCGGCGCGGCUGACGCUCGGCCGCCAGGUGCUCGACCCAUCGCUCUCCCUCGGGCGCCGGCUCUCGGAGGCCUCCCUGGCCGCCCUCGCCGCGCGCCUCUCCCCGCACCGCGGCUCCGUCGCCGUCGUGGUCACGGCGCCGGACGUCCUCGUCGACGGGUUCUGCCUCUCCCGCUGCGGCCUCCACGCAUCGGCCACCUCGUCCGCCGCUGCCGCCGCCGCGCCAGUGGCGGCCCACGGCGCCGGAGCCCCGCCCGCACCCGCCGCCCGCGGGCGCGGCCGUUUCGCGUACGUGUGGGUGGGGAACUCGGCGGACCAGUGCCCCGGGGAGUGCGCGUGGCCGUUCCACCAGCCGGCGUACGGCCCGCAGGCGCCGCCGCUGGUGGCGCCGAACGCGGACGUCGGGAUGGACGGCUUGGUGAUCAACCUCGCGACGCUGCUGGCCGGCGCCGUGACCAACCCGUACGGCGGCGGGUUCUUCCAGGGCCCCGCCGAGGCGCCGCUGGAGGCCGUGACGGCGUGCACGGGCGUGUUCGGCGCGGGCGCCUACCCGGGGUACCCCGGGCAGCUGCCGGUCGACGCCGCCACCGGCGCCAGCUACAACGCGGUCGGCGUCGCCGGCCGACUUUUCCUCCUCCCGGCCAUGUGGGACCCCAAGACCUCGCAGUGCUCCACCCUCGUGUAGCGGACGCUACGUACACUAGGAUCGGAGGUAGAGGUCGGACGAAAUGGGUGUUGGCUUGGUGUAAAUGAUGACGAUCGAAGGGUGCGGAGCUCCGCUGGUAGACUCGGUGGCGGCCUUUGUGGUUUCUCGUGAUCUCGUCCUGUCAUUGUUCUCGUUCUUGUGGAUAGCGUCGAACUUGAAAUGAAACCCCCUGAAAAAAAAAGUUGAAAAAAAUGCAGCUGCGGCACGAAUCAGUGGUGAACUGA